AUGGCUGAUAGCAACGGCGUGAUAAUCGACAUGAUGCUUCGGUUGUACAAAAAACAACCAGCAGAAACGCAGCUGAUUGAUAUCCGUGUUGAAUGCCCCGUUUUCAAACCAAGUCGUAUCCGUGUCGACGGCCAAUGGUAUAAUAUUGUUUGA